AUGUUCGUUGAUGAUCUGUGUUCUCGAAUAGAAGCAGCAGCGCCGCCACGUUUGGGAGUGGCUCAGUUUUGGGGUUCCGCCGUCUUUUGGGUUUGGGAGUACCUGGAUUUGAGAGUAAAGACGGGAGGAGGCAAGGAGCGAUCGGCUUCGAGGAAGAGCUGGUCACCAGAAGCAUCGGCAAUCAAAGCUGGAUGCACCCCUCCGCUGGGAUUUAGAACUGGAAGAUUAAAGCUCCUUGUUCCAUGUCCUUUUGGUCACCGUCGAUGGAGUUUCUAG